GAACAAGAAAACUGGAUUGAACCCUUGUAGAACAAGAAAACUGAUGUUUCUUCUUUACGUACAUCGUCUACGUACAUUACGGUAGACGUAUGGUACUUAAAGUAUUUUCAAUCUGAUUCGUCGAGAUGAGAUGUCGUUCCACUUCUCAAUCUUUUCUGGACAGUGAAAUUGUUGCUUGAUGACAAGACGGUUCACACAACGCGAUCUUUCUCUCUUAAGUGUCUCGUCUUGACGAAGAAAAAAACUCGAAAAGAGAAUUCAUACGGUCGCUCCAGAUCCUUCCUCUUUCUCUCCCAUUCCAUUAAUAGAUGUCUCACAACUUUUUGUUGCAUUAACGAUCAAUCACACACACACACCACUUUCAGCAUGACAGACGAAUGGAAAGGAACCUGCAAGUGCGGAACCGUAAAGUUUGAGCUCAACGGUGCUCCGAUGAUGAACGCCCUCUGCCACUGCAACAACUGUACCACUGUCAACGGAAACGUUUGUCCCGUUCAUCUAUACCUCGCCGCAACCAGUGAAAAUUGGAAGAUCGUCGAGGGCGAAGACAACCUCAAGAAGUUUAGCGGGAGUGGAUCGCUCAAAAUUUGGCGGUGCACUUCGUGUGGCAGCCCGGUGAUGCAAGGACCCGAAACGGUACCCUUCCGUGCCUUCUUCCCUCGUACCUUCUUGGGAUACGUUGACGGAAAGUGCAACAAGGUACCUGACAACCUGAAGCCAGCCAUGCACAUCAACUACGAAAACCGAGCAUGGGACGUGAACGACGACCUUCCAAAGUUUGCUGCCUUUCCGCCCGACAACAUGGUCAACAGCGACGGAACUCCCAUCUCCAAAGACUAACCGGAAAGACGAGGUGUGAUUCGCCAAGUUGCAUUGUCUUGAAAACAUGAUACGGAUUGUGUUAGCAGAAUGCUUGACGACUUAUGGAAUGACUAGAAGACCACCAACUCAUUUCGGCCAUGGACAUCCUUUUGCCUCCGCUUGAUCAUUAUGACCGAAGUGUCACUAAGAAAGUUUACAACUAAGCAUAUCGUUUGGAGUUUUUCAGUAAAAGUAAAUUAAAGCACAGAGU